CAGACAGACCGAACGACGGACGGAGGCAGGAGGCAUAUGCUGAAGCAACCAGUAGUGCGCUCGCUAUCCGAUGUGAGGCGAAUUCAGAAAAAAAUAACGCGACUUUUUGGCUGUUGCAGAAACUUUGCAAGACCCGCGGAGUUCUAUUCCAAUACAGUGGAUGCAUACUUUUUUUCUCUGUUAUGCGAGUGCAUUUUCUUUGGAAGGAAUAACGUUUUUAUUUGAAUAUACACUUUUUUUUUACCUCGUUAUAUCGAGCUGCAGUGAACUCCGGAAGAGUUGAUAAGGACGCACAGUCAGGAUGUCCCAUAUCUCCGUCAACGACCAUCUGGAGGGCAUUUUAUCAGACUUCGAAGCUUUGAAAAGAUCCUUCGACGUCGAUGAUGUGGACGAGCCUCCUCCGUUCUCCCCCUCCUCCCCCGUUCCCUCCCCCCUCCUCAACAAGACCAACGAGGGUCGAGGGUUCCCCACAUCCAACCAUAGCUCCCCUGCCUUCCGGUCCCGGAUCAGUCUUGGUACCAACCCCAGCCCUUCCCAGAGCCCUGUGUUCAAGUCCCGCAUGGUCUCCAGCCUCUCCUUCAACAGAGACAUGAACAGACCCACCAUCAACAACAACGGAGGGAGCUACGGAGGCAUCACCAGGGCCUCUUCCUUCCAGAACAAGUUCAACCCUAAGGGUUUCUCCUCCUCUCUCUCCGGCCCAGGCAGUGAUAAUGAUAGUCUCCAUAGCUCCUCUUCUAGUCUGGAGUAUUCCAUCCAGGGAGGUGGAGGAGGAGGAGGGUUACCUCCAGGCAAGCCAGGGUCUCUGUCCUACUCCACUACCCCACAGAUGGAGCAGCGUCCUGGGCAGCAGCGUGGGUCAGGCCUGGGGAUGGGGAUUGGGCUGGGCAGCCCAGCUCUGAAGAACGUCUCUUCCCAUGGGAGUGUGUUUCACUCUGAGCUGGAGGGGCCCAUGGUGCUGGGAGCUCCAGAGCCCAGGGGGGUCAGCCACGGAUCCAUGCCCAGUCUGGACCUCCAGAUCGGGGAAGGGGGAGGCGGGGUGAUGGGGGUGCGGGGGGGCUGGAGGUGGAGGGGUGAGGUAUGGCAACGCCAAUGUGGGUUUGAAUGGCGGAUCCCAGGGCCAUUAUAACACCAGUUCCUUUGGGAAGGAAGGUUGCUACUCUCCCAAUAAGAACCACAACAUCUACCAGCCCCAGAGCCAGCCCAAACCCAAAGAGACCCAGCGUCUCAACAAGUUUCCCCUGGAUCUAGACAGUCUGGUGGGGCUGAAGACGCCCCAGCCCAGCCCCCGUCCUCCCCCCUCCUCUGACCCCCCUAAACCUCCCC